AUCUGAUCUUCCCAUCUAUCUUCUUCUUCGCGAAGCACACCAUGGAGUGCCUUCACGGCCGUAUUUCAUACGCCUCGUGGCGUUUGAGGGUCUUCCAACGACUUUUCUUAUCCUCUACGGAACUCAAUGGUCGGAGAACCGUCUCGAGACGUGCAAUCGACUACCCAACCACUCUGAACGGAUCACAAUUUCAAUAUCCCGAAUACCCAAAGGAACCGGGACAAUAUGAUGACGUGGAAUUCACCGCCACUGAAGAAGAGGAGCCUCGACUCUCGCAAACUCUCCCCCAAUCACCCCUCAUGAAGACCGUACACCCAAAUCUCGAGAAGAAACACAAGAAGCGAGCCGCAAAACCCGAAGACCUGGAGGACCUCCGUCGAAACCCCUGGGCAAUGGCCCUAGCCUCACCACCACGGAUGUGCUCCGCAACAGGAACACGCGUUCCAAGGGCAUUAUUGAGCGACUGGGGGAUGCUUAAACGACCCGGAUCCGACGGCCUAUGGUUCAUGCCCGUGGGGUUACUAAAAGACGAAGUGGUCUCUGCUGCCGCGAAAAAUAAAUCGCGGCCAGUGUCUUAUUUGGACAAGAGCAUACGGCACCUUGUGAUACGGCUCGUGGACCGUCUCCCGCUAUUGAAAAAAUUGAAUUCGGUGUUGGCGUCGCAUGUGUACGGGACGAGGUCGCCUGUUGUGCGCCUAUUCCCCUAUCGGUGGAAACAUCCUCACGGGCCUUUUACUGUUCGGGAAGAGAAACAGAUCAUCUGGCGGGAAGAUAUGCCUGACUUUGUGCUGUCCAGAAUGAGGGCGGAUGUGGUCAAGCAACUUAAACAGGCCUGUAAUAAGUAUAAAAGAUUGGAUGCUACUAACCGCGUCUGGACGGCCAUCGACCUCCAUGAGUACUCUGAAGCGGCUAUCAUGGAAGAGUUGAAGAGGGUGAAACCCUUCACGCGCAUGGAAUGCGGUGCGGUGCUGGUUAUGGGCACUCUGAUUAACAGCCAGACUGGGGUGAUUGAGUCAGUCUCACAAGAUAAAACAACAUCCAAUGCCGUGGGAACACUCCCUGAAUAUCUUAUGUUGCCGCAUCUCCCAUCCAAGGUGCCUGUGUUUGAACUUGGGCAGCUUUUCUCCGAGAAGGAGUUAGAGGAGAUCUGGGGUUACGAUUCGCGCUUCCAGAAUCCAGCCUUGUAUUUUAGGCCGAAUGACAAGAUCACAGUUAAUGCGAUGCUGGCGCUGUGGAAGCUGAAGGGGUUUCUCAGACAUGACUCUGUUGGCGAGACUCCAGGCGACAGCAAUGGGUCGCAGCCAUGAUCUUAUCUGAGGCUGACUGCUUUGAUAAUUGAGCUCAGGGUACUGGUUAAGCUCUAUAUCUUCUUCGCGUGUAUGGCGAACCGACUU